AUGUCACGCGCCAAUGGCUCCCCCGUGGCCAUUUCCGUCACAUCGCCCACGCUCGAAAGGCAGACGUUUGUUGACGCAUCCGAAAGUUGGGCAGAAAUGGACAAGGAAGCCAAUCCAGAAGUGCAACGACGGAAGCUCUCACGAUCCCACGCCAGCACCCUCACCACCGAAUCCGCCAUUUCUACCUCCCUCCCGCCCGAGGGAUCCAUCUUGACGGGCAAGCAGGAGCACUACCUCAAACGUGAACUCAUCGCCACGCAAACCGCAUGGGAAGUCAGCGAACUCUCCUCUCCCACCGCCCUACAACGAUUCGGCGCGCCCUUCCGCUCCGAUGCGGGCGAGGUGCCGCCGGAAGACUCGGAGCUGCCGUUGUUGAGGUACAUCUUCGUCCAUCAUGUGAGGAAUUUCCCCUUUCUCAACCAGGCGCGGGAAAAGGAGUUUUGGCAGGACAAAUUGCAGGCCUUUUUGGAGAGCUUCGCCAACAAACACAUCUCCACCGCCGUCGACCGCCUGGAGCAGACCAAGAGGGCCAAGUUGGCCAUGAAGGUGACCAAAUUGGUGGAAUUGAUGAUGGUCUCGGGCAUCCCUACCGCGUCCGGAUAUGAGGAGAGAAUUCGCUUUUCCGAAAUGGAGGUGGUGGAUCGGGGCGCGAAUGAGGAUGGUUUGACCGUCAAUGUACCAGAGGGACAUGAAAUCAAUGGAUGGGAUGUCAACGUCGCCGGAGUCCGCCUGGUCAGCGUCAAGAGGCAUGUCCGAACACACAAACACGCCGAGUUCCUCCUACGAGUGAAGCGCAAGGAUGGAGACGUCAUUCACAUUGCGAGACGCUUUGGCGAUUUCGUUCGCAUGCAUAAGAAGCUACGCCUGGAAUUGCCUGGCAAGGUUCUGGCUCCCUUGCCGAACAAGAACAAGUCGCAAUCUAUCUACAGCUCACGAGAUGAUGAGGAUUCCGAUAGUGUCUCUUCCUUAUCCACCAUCGAUCCGCCUACUCCAACCACGGAUACCCCACCACCGGUAGAAAGUGGUGGAAUCCGUGGUUACCUAUCUUCAUGGACGGGUGGUGGAAGCAGUAAACACACCCGGAAUCCCUCUCGUUCAUCAGGCAUCGYAUCAUCAGGCUCCCCUCGAGCUUCCAUCGACUCUCCUGGCUUGCUUCCAAAGGGAUCGAGUGCUGCAUCCACAAGAGAGUCCUCCUCCAAAACAAUCCUCCACCGAGAAGAUCAAAGAGUGUCAUUGCGAGCAUUCCUGAGAAACUUUCUCCAAACCGAAGCCAUUGCCAAUUCGAGAGCCAUGUACGACUUCCUGACGGAACAGCCAACCAUGUUGACCGAUGAGGAAAUGGUCGACAUUGCAAAACGAAAGUCCAUGGAUGAGAAGCGUCUGGAUGAGCAACGCCGAUUCUUCGAGGUGGCGAGGAAGCGCGCACAAGAAUUGGAUGUACAUAUGGAAAAAUUCAGAAGAGGCGUCGUGGAGAGGAACGGGUUGAGGAACCUCUUUGCUGAAAUCAAGCAAAAGUCCACCAUUGCAGAUCUCGACCCGGAAUACAAAAAGUUUGCAGAGUGGCUGAGGAUAGAGGUCGCCGCGACAUUGUACCACCUCUUCCUGGCCGAAGACAACUCCCCGGAUCUCUUCGCUCAAGCCAAGCGGAUCCACGGUCUGGUCCCGUAUACCGCCCUCAAACAAGUCAUUCGAUUCACCAACCCUGCAGCAGUCAUGGCAAGCGUGCUGGAUAUCUUCAUGGCGCAACCCUUGGGUGCGAAAUCUCUCCUCCAGCGAAUCUUUGGCCUUGCACUGGGAGAUGGUAUUCGUGCUAUUCAAAAAUCGAUCGACACUCUCACCACCAAGACUGAUGAACCCACCCUUACAGAAAAGAUCCGCAACUACUGCGAAUCGGAUGAAGAAGUCAAAGCCAGCGUCCGCGAAGGAGCACAAACCGAACAAAUCGACUUAUUGGUCAAGGUCCUGCAAAGUGAGGAUGUCCACCCAGAACUCUCCACCGAACAAAUCGGCCGCAUCUUCAACGCAUAUGUAGCGUGGAAUAACGCGGUGGAAAACGUCGACGAAGAAAUGCGGCAAGGAGCCGAACUCUUCGCCCGAUUGAAGCAGUUGUUGAAACUCCACACUCGACUGCGAGAUAAGAAGAAGAUGCUCGAAAUGAUUGAAGAAGCCAACACCUUGAGACUAUUCCGCGACCUCUUCUCCAUCUUCUACGAACCUCUUGUCCGCGUCUACAAAUCCGCCAACGUGUACAACAGCGYGACGGAUUUUGCACGUUUUGCCGAUGAUGCCAUUGCAACGAUUGAAAAGGCUCAACGGCAAGACGUUUCGGCCGACCCGAAUCAAACGGUGCAAAGUUUCAUCGAUUUGUGCGAGCGGCAUGAAGAAGAUUUGUACAAAUUCAUCCAUGAAGUGCACUUGCACGACAAUGGCCUCUUUGACAAGUUGAUGAACUGGAUCGAGGGGAUUUUGGAAUUCCUUCGACAUGGACCCAAGGGCGGGAAAUUGGACAUGAAUGCCCUCUUCCAAGGCGCGUUGGAAAUGGGGAUUGUGGACCGAGCCAAAGUUUUGCAGGAGAUCAACAGUCUGAUUAAAUGGCAGACGGCGAGGAAGCGAUGGCAUUCGGAUAAGACGAGGCAGAAGAUGGCGAGUGGUGGGGACGCGAGUGGUGGUCGAUCACAAGGAGUGGGUGGCUUAGCUUCCACGUUCAAACCGCAGGAUUUCGGAUUGAACCCCCAGGAUCUGCAGGAUUUGGAUAUGGGAGAUGAGGAUGAGGAGAGCAGUGAUGAUGCCAGUGAGGAGGAGGAUGAUGAUAUGGAUGAUCCGAUUGGGGCGGAGCGGAGGAGGAGGCAGAGGAGGCAGGAUCUGUUGAAACGGACGGCUGGGGAGCCUGUUAAGCCUGAAAUCACGGAGUUGCAUGCUAUGAUGCCGGGGUUCUUGGCCAUGUUGCGCAUGACGUUGGCUUGA